GGGGCAGGACUUCUAUCCAAGUCCAGAGUAGAGGAAACCACCGUGGAUCAGGGAGGCAGCACACAGGCCGUACUCACAGUUAUCUCCAUCGUCUGAGAGUUUUGUCGGCAGUGAAAAUGACCCAGUGCGUGCAGGGAAUGCUGUAUUUGUCGGUUCUGGUGGCGUUCGCCGCCUGCAACGCUCCUCCGGUACCGUUAGACGACAUCUUCAUUGAGAAAACUUUCGUGCCAGAGCAGUGUGUGCGCGCAGUAAAAGUAGGGGAUUAUGUCAGGUAUCACUACAAUGGCAUGUUUCCGGACGGCAAGAAGUUCGACUCAAGUUACGACCGUGGCAGCACCUACAAUGUGUUUGUUGGCCAGAAGAAGCUGAUCGCAGGGAUGGACAAAGCUCUGGUGGGGAUGUGUGUCAACGAGAGAAGCCUGGUCAAGAUCCCACCUCACAUGGCAUAUGGCAAACAGGGAUACGGUGACACCAUCCCUGCAGAUUCUAUCCUCCAUUUUGACGUCCUGCUGCUCGACGUGUGGAACCCGGAGGACGGCGUCCAGAUCAAAACGUACCACACGCCCUCCAACUGCUCCAGAAAGGUGGAGGUGUCCGACUACAUUCGCUACCACUACAACGGCACCCUGCUGGAUGGCACACUCUUUGAUUCCAGCCACACCCGUAUGCGUACCUAUGACACGUACGUUGGGAUUGGGUGGCUGAUUGCCGGUAUGGAUCAGGGCCUUCUGGGAAUGUGUGUUGGAGAGAGACGCAUCAUCACUAUGCCGCCGUCACUUGGAUACGGAGAGAAUGGAGACGGAAGCGACAUCCCAGGACAAGCGUCUCUGGUGUUUGAUGUCAUUCUCCUGGACCUCCACAACCCCAGAGAUGGGGUCACAGUGACCAAUCAGAUGAUACCUGAGUCCUGCACAAGGAAGUCCGUUUCUGGAGACUUUGUACGCUACCACUACAAUGGCAGCCUCCUUGAUGGAACAUUUUUUGACUCCAGCUACUCUCGUAAUCGUACCUAUGACACCUAUGUGGGUAAAGGCUACGUGAUCGCCGGCAUGGAUGAGGGUCUGAUUGGAGUCUGUGUCGGAGAGAGACGCACCGUCACCAUCCCACCACAUCUCGGCUACGGAGAAGAGGGCACAGGCUCUAAGAUCCCUGGUUCAGCUGUACUGGUGUUUGACGUUCACAUCAUCGACUUCCACAACCCGACAGACAACGCCGAGGUCACCGUCACUCACAAGCCAGGAGAGUGUGAGAAGCAGACCAAGAAGGGAGACUUUGUCAAAUACCACUACAACGCGUCUCUGAUGGACGGCUCGUCCAUUGACUCCACAUAUAAUUAUGGAAAGACAUACAACAUCGUCCUGGGAGCCAACCAGGUAGUCCCAGGGAUGGAGGACGGACUGAUGGACAUGUGUGUGGGAGAGAAAAGGCACCUUGUCAUUCCUCCUCACCUGGGCUAUGGGGAGAGAGGAGUCACUAACGAAGUUCCAGGGAGCGCUGUGCUGGUGUUUGACAUCGAGCUGGUAGAGAUGGAGGAAGGACUUCCUGAAGGCUACAUGUUCAUCUGGAACGACGAUGUGUCAACCGACCUCUUUACCGAGAUGGACAAAGACAAGAACAAGCAGGUGGAGCCCUCUGAGUUUACUGACUACAUCAUGCAGCAGGUGAACGAGGGUAAAGGUCGCCUGGCUCCUGGCUUCGAUCCUUAUCGCAUCAUUGACAACAUGUUCUCCAACCAGGACCGCGAUGGAGACGGAAAGAUCACCGAGGCAGAGUUCAGACUUAAAGCAGAUGAAGCCGUCGACCAUGACGAGCUAUGACGGGACUGAGUGCUAAGCUCAGAUCAGGGUGAAGGCGGAAGGGUCAGACAGCGGGGUUGUAAUGCAUAUGUGGGUGGUAGAGUAGGAAGAGACAGGGUUGUAAGUGUAAAGUACGCCAGUGUGAAGCGAGAAAUGUGCUGACAGAUUUUUUACUUUGAAGAUUUCGAUGAUGUUCGAAGGGCUUCUUCGCCUUUAAGAGCCAAAUGAGAAGAUGGAGUGAAAAUUUAGGAGUGAGAUUAUUUUGAGUGCUAAAUAUUGGAAAGUCUCGUCUGAGGUCUGUGAUGACUUUUUUUUUACCUCCACUCCCAUCAAGUUCGUGUCUUGUUUUAUGUGACAUUUUUUAUUUUAUUUUUACUUGGAAGGGUACAAAAGCACUCAUGUGUGAAAGAACAAACCAAGGCCUCACUCCACGAUUUCUACAUUCGACACUCCUUUGUGACUUUUAUUGUUGUUAACAUUUUGUAAAAACUUUGUUUUCUUUUCACUGGGUAUCAGCUGGUCUCUGAAACAUCGGACAGUCUUCCAGGAGCAAUAAGUCGGUUAUCACUCACUGUUAUAUACGGUGAUGAUGGGGGGCAAGUUACGUUUGUUUCUGAAAGUUACAACUCAUUGAUUGAUUAAAAAAUAAGUGAAAAUGUUAACAUUUUAUUUACACGGUUUACAGCUGACACCUUUUACUCUUUUACCUUUAAAUGUCAGGAUGCCUUCUGUGUUUCUGCUGUUAAAAUCAUCCAAAAUAACACUGAAAGGUCCCAAAUCCUAAAAUGUUGGGGCUUUGCAGUCUUUCAAUCACUUUCCGUCAACUAGUUGUUCCAUUGCUUUUUUUUUUUCAUCCAAAUUGUCAACAUCUGGGUGCAGUUUAUGACUAAGACUUUGUGUGUGUGUGUGUUUGUGUGUAUGUGUGCGUGUGUGAGAGAGAGAGAGAGUGUGUGUGAGAAAGAAAUAGAGAGAUAUGUGUGUGUAAUUGUUGCUUUUGUUUUACUUUUUCAUUCAGGAGAAUACCGAGGCUUGAUGAUGAAAAUGUCAACACAAAAUUUCAUUUGAUUAAAUGAUCUGACCUCAAUAUAA